CAGCCCACUGUCCAGCAUCAGUCCCUCUCUCUACUGCCAGUGACAAAGACCAUGGCGCCCCUGUUACUUAUCACCCUCUCCCUCACCCUCCUCCUCACUCCAACCACAAGCCUUAACACGGUCGACACAUUUACUCCCUAUAUCCAGCCAGAUGGUCACGAAGUUCGAGCAAGCCUCUUCGUCAACCAGCUGGCGAUCAUGGAACUGGUCAGCCAACUGAAGCACGGGGUUGGAAUCUCCACUACCUCAUGCCAAGCCGUGGAGGAGAACUUGGUGAGCAUAUUGUCGACGGUGAACGAGACGUCGUCAAUAGUGUUGCAACUCUCCCAAGAAAACACAGCAGACAGCACCAGCGUGAGGGAGGCGCUGGCGGAGGUGCAGCAGCAGCAGCAGCAACAGCAGACUGACUUGGUUACUUCCCUCCACAACCAACACACAGGCGUUCAGCAUCAGCUAGAGAGAGUGACGUCUGCCAUGGAAGGCUUACAACAGCAGAUAUCACAGCUACAGGAGACGACUCAACCGUCCCUGCUAACCUGCCCUGGGGAGUUCUUCGUCUUAGAGCGUCAGUGUCUUCUCGUCAACAGGGAAGAAAAACUCAAGUGGGUCGACGCCCGUACUUGGUGCCGUAACAAAGGAGGCGACCUGGCUAUCCCUCAAGAAUCUCGCGCUCUCAUCUCUCUGUUGAAAUCAUUUAAAAUUAGUGACACCUUCUGGAUGGGUGCGUCUGACCUGGCUACAGAGGGAGUCUUUCUUGACGUGUCAAGCAAACCCAUCAAUUUGAUGUCACCAUUGUGGAAAGAAUCCGAUCCUAAUGACUACGGCGGAAAUGAAGACUGUUUCUUCAUACUAGAUUAUUCCGGUGUAUACAAUUGGUAUGAUGCUCGAUGUACACGUCAUGAAUAUUUUAUUUGUGAGCAUCAGCCAAUAUAAGAUAUAAUACAUCAGGUCCAUAGGUUAGUUGUGGUUCCUUUGUGACUGUGUGGUCCCUGAUGGCUAUGGCGGUUCAUCUUGUAGAGUCAAGAUGUCCUACCAGGCAGGUGUCUCUUUCCUCACUCCUACAGAGAUGAGUGGACACUGGACACACACACACACACACACACACUAUAUACAGUACAGUGUGCGUGAAUUUUAUUUUUGUACAAUAUAUCAGUAUUUUUAUUAUCACAGGUGUAUGUUAUGCCCUCUGUUAUCUUCACUAUUACAGUUCUCAUUAUCUAGACCAAUAAAGUUUAGCAUACCAUUAUCUGCCUUUUGUUAGUAAUAUUUUCUUUAACUGGUAUAAUAUGAUGUAAGGAGCUAACAUGUCUCUUAACUAGGUCACUACAGUGUUACCAACCACUUACAGUACAUGUAUUAGGUUGUAUAAAGUGCUUAUUGUGGUCAUUAUCACUCACAGAUUAGUGAUGAGGUCACUUAUGAAUAGAAUUGGAAUAGAUGUUAUAUCAAAAUAAUAAAAUGUGUUUGUUCAUGUG